ACCAUGGUGCCCCCCUGAACCAUCAGACUGCUGAUGGAACUGGGAGAUCCACACUGUGCUGAGCUUUUUCGAUUUAGGUGGUCACUGCACCUACAACCGCAAGAAGCCCUCAGUCUUAACCCAAGUAAGUGCCUACAUUGACUGGAUCAACACUGUCAGUGUGUAACGAUGUGCGCUGAGAGUCGGGAAGCAAGUUCAGGGAGUGAGGGUUUUAAUAAAUAAGCGCAACAUAAAACAAAACACGAACGCACAGAACACUGGAACAGAAACAAUAACGCCUGGGGAAGGAACCAAAGGGAGUGACAUUUAUAGGGAAGGUAAUCAGGGAGGUGACGGAGUCCAGGUGAGUCUGAUGACGCGCAGGUGCGCGUAAUGAUGGUGACAGGUGUGCGCCAUAUCGAGCAGCCUGAUGACCUAGAGGCCGGAGAGGGAGCACACGUGACAGUAGCUCCUCCCUGAUGCGCGGCUCCAGCCGCAGGACGCCGACCAAAAAGAUGAUCCCGAGGAUCAGGAGCCGACCGGUCACCUCUACUGAGGUGCGGGAAACCUGUCAAUCUUGCUGAGACGCAGGAGCAUGGCGACCUAAAAUUCGUCUCCAGCCGCAGGACGCCAACCCAAGGGAUGAUCCCGGGGAUCAGGAGUGGACCGGUCACCCCUGCUGAUGCGCGGGAACCUGUCGCUGGCUGAGACUCGGGAACCUGACAGACCGGCUGAGGCAGGGGAGCCUGGCGAGCCGGUGGAAGCAGGGGAGACUGCCAAUCCGGCCAAGGCAUGAAAGCCCGACGUGCCGGCGGAGGAAGGGAAGCCUGGCGAUCUGGCUGAGGCAUGAAAGCCUGUAGCGGCUCCAGGACCCGAAGUCAUUCUACCUGACACAAAAAAAACACUACCUGAUGUUUCCCUUAGGUGAGGAGUUUUUCAGUAACGAUGUGCUGAGAGUCGGGAAGCAAGUUCAGGGAGUGAUUUAAUAAAUAAACGCAACAAACCACAAACACACAGAACACUGGAACAGAAACAAUAAUGCCUGGGGAAGGAACCAAAGGGAGUGACAUAUAUAGGGAAGGUAAUCAGGGAGGUGAUGCAGUCUGUUACUAGAACUAUGGCCGAACGCUACCUCAAGUUCACCAUGAUUUAGAGAUGAAAAUCACAUCUACCACGCUGAAGGGAAGAGUCAUUCAUUUCCCACAGAUCUUGGCCAACAACUAAUGCAACACAGGUACCUAUUGGGACACCAAUGUUUCUAUAUGGACAUUUGCUCAUAAAUACAAUUCUAAGAUAAGAAUGCUGCCGCUCUUUCCUUUAUGUCUUGAAACAUGUUUAAAUGAACCAGCAUACCCAUAGCAUAGGCCUACACUCAUACCAUAAGCAUGUCUCUGAUUAAUGAGAAGAACCUUUCCACCCAUGUCCUUUGGGUGAUGGACUGCUCUUGAUACACACGGGAAACUGUUGAGUGUGGAAAAUAUACUACUGUGCCAUACCCUGUUCAAAGGCACUUAAAUCUUUUGUCUUGCCCAUUCACCCUCUGAAUGGCAUACAUGCACAACCCAUGUCUCAAUUGUCUCAAGGCGUAAAAUACCUUCUGUAACCUGUCGCCUCCCCUUCAUCGAGACUGAUUGAAGUGGAUGUAACAGGUGACAUCAAUAAGGAAUCAUAGCUUUCACCUGGAUUCACCUGGUCAGUCUAUGUCAUGGAAAGAGCAGGUGUUCCCAAUAUUUUGUAUACUCAACAUAUAAUGUACAGCCAUUUUAUUAUUAUUAGAUAUGUGGACAUGUUUUGGUGAAUUAAGUAGUGAUGGGCAAAAUCUAGUCUUCAAGUAUUUUUCAUUAGAAUGUGUUGAACCAUUUCACAUGACAUUCUCGUUUGAACCCUUUUCUACUAUUCUUUACUGUAAGACAAAGGACACUAUUUUAGUCAAGUAUCCAACAACCUUUCAAUUCUUCCAUGCCCAUGAAUGUAGUUUUACAGCAAAAGGCUUAGCUAAACAUUGGUUCAACACACAUUCUAUUACUCCACAGAGAACUAUUUGGCCUUUGUGUCUUUUAAAGUGAUAUCAAUAAGGGAUCAUAGCUUUAACCUGGACUCACUCAGUGUAUAGCUGGAGAGUGAUAUAGAAAAAACAUUUGGACAUGUUGCAUAACAACCAGCCUGGAAGCAGUUAGGAAAACUUUAUUUUUUUAAAUCAACCUUGCAGAUAACCUUCUUCUCAACUGUGUUUCCCAGGUUCUGUGAAAUCCACAGGUGUCAUGGAAUAACUCCGGUUGCCUAAGUUGAUUCCUAAGGAACAGUUGUCUACUAAAACAGAUUCGUUGAAACAAAUAUCAACCAACAUUAUUAAUUACUAUCAUGGCCUAUAUAUUUGUGUCUUGACCAUUAAAAUAGUGGACAAAGAGAGGUAAAACAUAUGAACUAAGUCAGAAGGAGUCCCUCGGAAUCUGCAUCUGAAACUAAAAUGUCAAGUGAAAUGUUUAUAAAAGGCUAUUGGUCAUUGAAAAGGGCUUUCAGACGUGUUGGACCGUAACGUAGCCUUUCAAUCAAGUAUCAACUCUUUAAAGGCGUAGUCCGGGAUUUUUUUUAUUUUACCUUUAUUUAACUAGGCAAGUCAGUUAAGAACAAAUUCUUAUUUUCAAACAACAUCCUCACAUUAGAAUACAAUAUGAUUCAAUGGCAUAUUACCAUCACACCUGAGUCCAUAUAUUUUUUUAGAUUGUGCAGUACCGUACUUACUUUAUUUUAUCUAGGUAAUCAUGCAUUGGUAAUCUACAAUGCAUGAAACAUGCUGCUUUGAGAAGCUGUGAGAAAAGCUUGCCACUACACAUAUGUUCAAUCCAAAUCUUUUUGUGUUAAUAUUAUACUUCAAGGGGAGUGGAAAAAAGGGGGGUGGGCAAUUUUAUCAGUGUGGCUGGGCUAGCUGUCCUUAGCUUCACCCCCAGCUUGGUUUUCAGAGUGGGCUGACUGUUGAAACAUUUCCCAGAAUCUGUUGAAAUGUUGUCUUACCUGUCAAACGUCAUAUACAGUAGCCUACAGUAUAAAGGCAUCCCUGGUGUGAAGACACAUUUUGAAGAUACAAUCAUGAUGAAGUUUGUAGUCCUUGCUUGUCUGGUUGCUGCUGUCUACGGGUGUGGCAUGCCCACCUUCCCUCCUGUGGUGACACGAGUGGUGGGAGGGGAGGACGUCAGGCCCAACAGCUGGCCCUGGCAGAUCUCUCUCCAGUACGACAGGGAUGGCGAGUGGAGACACACCUGUGGUGGAACUCUGAUUUCAAGCGAGUGGGUCCUCACCGCUGCUCACUGCAUCAGUAGCAGGACCUACAGAGUGAACCUGGGAAAGCACAACCUGGCUGAGACUGAGGAGGGUUCUCUGGCUGUUGGUGUUGCCAAGAUCAUCGUCCACGAGAAAUGGAACCCCCUCUUCAUCCGUAAUGACAUUGCCCUUAUCAAACUGGAGACUCCCGUCACCUUCACUGACUCCAUCAUGGCUGCCUGUCUUCCUGAGGCUGGCUUCAUCCUGCCCCACAACGAGUCCUGCUAUGUCACAGGCUGGGGACGCACCGUCACCGGAGGUGCCCUCCCUGACAUUCUGCAGCAGGCCCUCUUGCCUGUCGUUGACCACGCCACCUGCUCCCAGAAUGACUGGUGGGGCUUCCAGGUGAAGGACACCAUGGUGUGUGCUGGAGGAGAUGGCAUUGUGUCCGGAUGCAACGGUGACUCCGGUGGCCCCCUGAACUGCCAAAAUGCUGAUGGAGCCUGGGAGGUCCACGGUAUCGUGAGCUUUGGCUCUGGGCUGAGCUGCAACUUCCGCAAGAAGCCUACUGUCUUCACCCAAGUCAGCUCCUACAUGGACUGGAUCAACACUGCCAUGAUGAGCAACUAAGGCAACAGAGCUACUUUUUGGGAAUCCACUGUCACCAUGUGGAGGGUCUGCUCGUAAAUAAAACAUUGAAAA